AUGACAGUAGAGAAUCAAGAAUACCAUCCUGAAUGGGGCAUCCUACGUGAACAAGACUUUGUCCAGCUUGCUCUCAAACAUCAACGCGAUCUGGAAACUCAUUUUACCAGCGGAACAUUGAUAUCCGAUUUUCACUUUUGGCAAGCCAAUCUCGGUGGUUAUUGCAUGGCGGAUAUGGUUCAAAACGUUGUCGUAUCCCCUGAUGGUGUUUUUUCUCUGGAACGUCGCAUGGUCCAAGGAGCUCCUCGUGUACGUAGAAAGAAGAGCAAACCUAGUCAUCGUCAACAAUCAUAA